AAUAUAAUAUAAAGUCAAGACACUUAGUCAACACGGGUCAUUUCUACCUCUCCAGAUGAGCUACCUGGGCUUUAGUGGGUUACCAUAGCUUGUUUGCAUACCAUAUCUCCCAGUAACAAUCCGUGAUGGUAAAUCACAUCUUAAACCAUUACUGGCUGGUAAAAUAACCAGGCCGUAGUGUUAUAAAUUGUGUGUAAAAUAUUGCCCAGUACUUUUUUUUUUUUAAUGACUGGAAAUUACUGCCAUCUUUUAUGCAUAUGGAUUUCCAUCUCCACACCCUGCACACUUUGUCUGGUGUUGCAAGGAGGGUCCCUGCUUGAAUUUUCUAUCUCAAGGGGUCAGGACAUACAAAAGGUUGAAAACCUUUAGGUGAGUGCGUUGGCGAGUGCGUUUGCGUUGGCGUUGGCGUAUUAUUUUGACUACGUGUAGUGAAGGGGAUUGCCCAGCCUACAGCCGGUUAAUCUUUUGUUUGAACCUUUAUUCUGGCCCUUGUGACAGUUUUUUUGCUCCUGUUUAUUUGUUGUUUGUUCAUUAAAUAUUCACUCUAGUGCUAAAACUGCAGUUUCCUUGUCACUGAGUCUCUUUCCUGCUGAUAACAUCUGGGCCCACAGUGCUAUCCUGUUACAGCAUUACAUGUCUGCAGUAACAAUAUUGUAUUGUGCUAUCAGCCCCCAGUGUGGUAAAAGGGGAGACUGAUUAGGGACCUGUCUGUUCCUGUGGUGGUUUUACAUUGACACACACAAUGUGUGUGUCUGGUGUAGUGAUUGUGUUGGGGACCACCUGUAGCACAUUACAGGGGUCGUGAUUGACAAGUGGGGGCCCAUGGGUGUUUCUGGUGGGUUUAAUUUAGGGUUUAAUAGGAGGUUGACUACUGUGUGGGUGGGAUAAGGGAAUGAUUAUAGGGGUGCUCCAGGCUAGCCCAGCAGAGCUGAGCUAGUUUGCAAGCUUUUCAGUAUGCUGCUAAAGUGGGCUGGUACAGUGUAAACAAGUUAAUGGCAGUACAAACACUUUGUGCCUGAGCCGUGUGGUAUGGAUUGUCUCUGGGGGUCUGCCGAUGUGCAACUCUUCAAUACUAUGACAUCUUUAACGCUGAUGAAAACGUUCCCGUAAUAACGCAAUAUUAUCUCGUAAUAACAAUAAAUAUUUGUAUACUAUGUGACGCUGAUGAGCUUCUGUUAAAAAUAAAAACCCAUAAAUGUAGUGUGAAUUUUGAGCUAGGUCAGGGUCAAACAGGUCAUUUCAAGAACAGUGAGAGCAUAGAAAUACUUGGGGCAGCUGGGAACUAAGUGUACUACUAAGACAAUAAAAACAUUCAGAGAAUUAGAAAUGAAUUGUACCGCGGAUUACUUGAUUGCAUUAGAAAAACUGCCAUCGCUAAACUUCACACUUCACACAAUGAAAAGAACGUUUGCCACUAUCUCAGCUAUAUGACAGCGUGCUUGCUGUGGUGUUUAAUAUCGUAAAAAACAGAACAAACUCACUGAAACUUGUUUUUUUUUUUUUUACUGAAAAUAUAAAUGGCAACAUGUAAUCAUAAGAGCGUGUUACAUACUGUUAGUUACGGACUUCAGUAACACUGAGUAUGCAAGAUACAGCAUGCUAUUUCUCAUAUCACAACUGUACACAAUUAGGGGCAGUCACCAUUUCUAUACAGUGGCAAAAUAUCUCAAAUAUAAACACGCUGAGUUCACCGUAGUCAUCGGUUGCAUAGAUUAACCAUUCAGCAGAAUGAGGCAGCUAACAAGUGAGUACAACAUUGUUAGUGUUUAGCAUCACUUCACCCUUGCCGUGGUGUUCAUGGCAUUAAUAAACACUGAAAGCUAUCGCUCUUGUCUCGGCAUUUAUGGCAUCUCAGACUCGGGUGUGUAAAUUCACGCUACACGUCUUCAUCUAUUUCUUGCAGACAUGCAGCUGUAGAGAGUUUCAAGUGAGAGUUUUAACCAGCCUUGUUUGCAUUAUAUGUGUGUUAAAAUGUCUUUUUUUUUUUUUUUUUUUUUUUUUUAUUAUUAUUAUUAUUUUUAUUUAUUUAUUUAUUUAUUUAUUUAGCGACGCCUUAACCAAGCAAAAGAAAAGGGGAUAACUAACCACUACGUUUUGAUGAGGAAAAUAGACUAAAAUAAAAUGCGCUGGAAAUGAAUGAGGUGUUCUUUUUUUAUUUUAAUUGGUGACACAAGUGAAAUGCAAACAUUAAGCUUGUCACGUCGGUGAAAUUCAUUUUCACCUUAAAAGCGACCGAAUGGGAACGCCUGCUAUUUGUAAUUGUAUCCCAAAAUGCAGCGGUAUCGUUUCCUGUCUGACCAGCGACAUCCAGGGCACCAGCAAGCAGUCUGGUUUUCUUAACUAUGUAGCUUCCGCUGUAGAUUGCCGGAGAACACCAUUGAUUGUAUUUUAUGGAUUGUGCUUAUGUGCCUAACAAUAAACAAAAGCGGUGGUUAUCUGAACGCUUGUGCUUCAGACACGCUUUUAUAUAUGGUGAUUGUCGCGAUGGGAGAAUGUACAGCACAGCUAUUUUGGUGAUGCAACACUUUUGGCCAGAGCUGUAUAAAGCUUGAUUUUUGAUGCUGCUGGAUCUUGCUUCUAUGAAGACACUUGGUGUUACAGAUAUCUUUGGCAAGCUCAAAUACACCUGAUGCCUGUUUUUUCCCUUUUUACUAAGUACUAACUGUUUAGCGCACUGCAUGGUAUUUGGUCCAGUUUACUGCGGUAUUGAUCAAAGUUUUUGCUGGAAAUAUAUACCAUGCACUAAAUUCUCAUUAGCAUUUACCACCAGUUAAUCCUCUGUAUUUUACUAUGCAUUAGAACAAUUACAUUGUAAAUUGCAGCCUGCUUUCUGGCUGGGGAAUAGUAUAAAAAGGCCCAGCAUUCCACUGUGUUCUUUGCCCAUCAGGAUACUGCAGCCCUGCAAUCCCUGUGUGCUGGAGCUCCAGUCUUUAUGAACAAUGGCUGAGCAGGCAUCCAUCUCUGCUGGUUCUCAGAAGGCACGACUGCGCCUUAUGAAGUUCUCCUCACAAGAGUUGGAGAUACUGGUCACUGAGGUGGUCAAUAAUUAUGAUGUCUUGUUGGGCCCACUCUCCAACAAAACCCCUCUGUCCAGCAAGCAGGCCAUCUGGGAGGCUAUGUUGAGCCGCAUUAAUGCCCUGGGGGUUUGCCAGCGCACUGUGGAGAUUCUCAAAAAACGCUGGGCAGACUUUAAAAGGAAAACCAAGGAGAAGCUAGCUAAACAUGAUGCCUCGAAGGAGCACCUCAGCCCCCUGGAGACCCUGGUGGAGAGCAUCCUGCAGCCAGAGCAACUCCAGGACACUUCCAGGAUCCAGAAUCGGCCUGUCCUGGAAGGCCCCGUUGCCUGUGCCAGUGUGAGGGUGGAGUCUGCCCACACUACACAGGAAGCAAUCGAUAUUAAAGAGGAGGCUUCAGAGAUUGAAGAGUUCCCAGUGAAAAGCACUGAGCACGGCUCUGACCAGGACCAAGACUCCUUUGAGUUCCAGUUCGACCACAUUAAAACCGAAGAGCCUGACAUGAACAGUGUCAGCAUCGAAUUGGAGGACUCAUUGACCAUGGACCCUGUGCAGCAGUCCCAACCCUGUCCGUACUGCCAGUACACCUUCACAACGGCACAUUACCUGGAGAAGCACUUGCAGAGGAGACACACCAUGGAAUACAUGGAGAUCGUGGGAGCGCAGUCAUCCAGCUACAUAAAUCCACUCUUACACCACGGAGAGCAGCUAGCCUUCUGCUCGGAAGAUGGACCUCUGACAAGAAAACAGCCCAUCAGACAACACACCCCAAGCUACUCCACAACCAGGCUAUCCAGAGUCCCAAGGAGAGCAGGGGGGGUGACACAGAGGGGCCAACCCAGGCAGAGGGCUCCUCGCUUCAACUGGGAGGAAAAGAGCCUCCUGGUGCAGGAAGUGAUGACAAAUAGAAGGGAGCUGCUGGGCAAUUUCUUACUGAAACCUUCCCAGAAGAAAAGAAAAUGGGAGCGCAUUGCCCAGAAAGUGUCUGCUCUGGGAUACCAUCGCAGAACAGCUGGAGACGUCCAGAAGAGGUUUUAUGACCUACGGAGGGAAAUUCGGACGAAGAUGGCGGCUCUGAGGAGUGCCAGGGUGAUGACAGAGGGGGAGCUGCCCCCCCGGUCUCCAUUGACAGAGGAGGAGCAGUGCAUCCUGACAACACUGGACGAUGUCACCAUGCAGACCAUCGUAGGGGUGGACACUGCAGAGCCACAUCUAACAGCAUGGAGGGAGCAGCCACCCAGGACCCCAUUCACCCAGGUGGAGCCGCGUGUGUUGCAGGGGCUAAUCGGGAUAGACACUGCAGACCCACACCUCCUCACAGCCAGUCGAACAGCACAGGUGUUGAGCUGUGAGGUGCUGCCAGUGAAGGAGGAACAGACAGCAUCACUGUCUCCAGUACCCUCUCCUGCCCAUACUCCCUUACCAGCCCCCAGCCCUCCACACACUCACAGAGACACAUCACUGAUACAGAACUGUCCCAAAGCGGAGGCAUUACACUCCCCCUCCACCAGCCCCUCCCCUCCCCCUUCACCCGCAAGACCAGCCUGCCCCCCAGGGCAGCUAGCAGCAAACCCCUCGGAGCUCCUGGUCCAGGUUAUAGAGGCACAAUCAUUGUUGAUCAAACCCCUUAGUCAAGUCACGAAGCGGGGGAAGCCGAGACAAAGGGCUCCCAGAUUCAACCAUAAAGAAAACAACCUUCUUGUCAAGGAGGUUGUGAACAAUAAGAAAGAGCUGCUGGGCAAUUUGGUACUGAAACCUUCCCAGAGAAAAAGAAAAUGGGAGCGCAUUGCCCAGAAAGUGUCUGCUCUGGGGUACCAUCGCAGAAGAGCAGCAGACAUCCAGAAGAGGUUUUAUGACUUGCGGCGGGCAGUUCGGACGAAGUUGGCAGCUCUGAGAUGUGCCAGGGUGAUGACAGAGGGGGAGCUGUACCCCCGGUCUCCACUGACAGAGGAGGAGCAGUGCAUCCUGACAACGCUGGACGAUGUCACCAUGCAGGCCAUCGUAGGGAUGGACACUGCAGAGCCACAUCUAACAGCAUCCAGUCAAACAGCACAGGUGUUGAGCUGUGAGGUGCUGCCAGUGAAGGAGGAACAGACAGCAUCACUGUCUCCACCAAUCUCUCCUGCCCAGACUCCCUCCCCAGCCCCCAGACCUCCACACACUCACAGAGACAUGUCACUGAUACAGAACUGUCCCAAAGCGGAGGCAUUACACUCCCCCUCCACCAGCCCCUCCCCUCCCCCUUCACCAGCAAGAGCAUCCUGCCCCCCAGGGCAGCUAGCAGCAGACGCCUCGGAGCUCCUGGUCCAGCUGCUUGCUGCGCAGAGGGAUGGGAAUUCUGGGCAGGCCUGCAUUGUCAGGAUCCUGGCCUCUAUGAAGGAGCAGCAGGCGCAGCAGUUGGGGGUUCUCCAGAGCCUGGCAGAGAAGCAGAGUCACAUGGUGGAACGCCACGAGGCUCUAGAGCAGCGGCUAGGUGAGAUCAGCAGCAGUCUGAACCAGCUCGUUGCUGGCCUGCUCCCCACUCUGCAGGUCCUGAGCUCAGCUGCACAGGGACUACACACUCCUGUCUCCCAGCCCUGUCCCCCUCCUGCUCCUGACUGCUAGCCUUCCUCUCGGCGGCAUGCUCUCUUCAGCUCUGCUACGGGGCAAAGACAGUGAUCAUCUUGGGCUUCUAAAGUUCCUUUCGCGGCAGAAACUGUCCCAGCUGUCAGACUAAAGGGUAGUUCACUCUCUUUUUAUGCCUUUCACUUCCAGAGGCUGGGUUUGAUUCUGGUUUAAUCCCAAUUGACAUUUGUGUAAUCCAGAACAACAUGCAUUCUGCACUAGUGUCAUCCUGUUUGAGGACCAGGCCUGGCUGGCAGGCAGGAUUGAGGAGAGCUGUGAGGGGAAGCUACCGUGGGGCUUGCCUGUGGUAGCCAGUGCCAUUGCCCCUCACCUUUCAGUAACUCUGGACAUUAAUUUGUAAUUUUAUAUUAUAAGCAUUAUGGUUGUGAUAUGUUACUUUUAGUUUCAUGUUGUAGAACUGGAUAAAUACAUGUUCUUGUGCAGUUCUCUUGUCUGGAGUCUUCUACUUCCCACUGGGGUCAUAUUUCCUUUGCGAGGAGGAUAUCGUGGAGGCAGCUGGAUGUCUCACAUAAUUCAUAGUUCACCAUCUUCCUUCUACCUGGAAAACCGCUUAUUCAUUUGAGGUGAAAUUUGGAAUUAAUAUUAUCAAGUACAAGUUAUUGAGAUAUCAGAUUCUGGGGAUAUAAGGAGAUGUCUGUUCAUGCAUGUGUCUGUCUCUGUCACACUUCAAUGUUUUAAUAUAAUCGGGAGAAGCACAAACUUAUUCUAUACCAUUCUGUACAUACAAGUCAUGGUCAUCCAUUGUUUUAUCAUGGCCCAGUUAUAUUGUUGCUGACAAUUCAUUAAAAACUGGGCUCCAGCUGAAGCAUACUGUGAUUUGGCAUUACAAUUCUGGAAUAUUUAUUUUGACCCCUUAUCUCCAAUUAGAUUUGUGACUUAUUUAUUAAUACAUUGUGGUCUUUUUAUUUGCCGGCAGAAUCAAUACAUGCACUGACUCUUUUCUAAAUCAUGGGAAAUUAUGUAAUUCUACACAAAAACCAUUUAUAACCACCAGAUGGCAGCCUAGUUCGCUGGCUAUAGUGCAAGCUGCAUUAUUUGCUGCUGCUGCUGCUUUCAACACCCAAUUCUGUUUGAGAAAGUACCCAUUUCAAGAAGGGCAAAGUAUCAGGACUGUAAGGCAAGCAGAACCCAGCUCAAGGUGGUUAAUAAUUCAGUUGUUUUUCAGAAUGGUGCCUGGAUAUCUCUCAGCAGCUACUCAUUGAGUCUUGCAGAGUGCGGGGAGGAAAUCAAAUGUAUCUUAUGUUGGCGUUUGCAUGGUAGUCUUGAGGCAUCAAGAGUGUUGGAGGAGUGCCCUGUUCACAUAUCAGUAACUCUUCAGUUCUUUUGACAAACAAAUGUAUUAAAAUUAAUGAAAGGUUGGUGGGUUACUUCUGAACAAGCUGUUUAAUUGAUGGCAGUGGUGAACUACCUUAGAAUUUAAAAGUAUACCAAUACAUACUUCCUGUGUUAACGGUUAUUAAUUAGUAGUGUUUAUGUGUAUGUGUAUGUGUGUGUGUGUGUGUGUGUGUGUGUGUGGGGGGGGGGGGGACCUUUAAUUGUGGAAUAAUGCAGAUUUAUAUAUAAGAUUAUGAUCCCCUACUGAUCAGUAGUAAUGCACCAGUGCUGUGCAGAAAACCAGUAUAGUGUGCCUUCUAUUGGUAGAAUACAGUAAGCACAAGAGAGGAGACAGACAAUUUGGUUUUCUUAAAAAAGUGUAACCUAAAACAUGAUAGAUCAUUUAGAUGUAAAUAUAAAAUUAAUAUAAUAUAAUGGAACAGCUUGUAAGUAUGGAGUAACAUGGAUAUAAGUUAGUGGUUAAAUUAAUGUGACAAUGAAAUAGUUUUUACCAGCACACCAGCACCCAAUUGAGAAAGCCAUGGAAUACAGCUGUGCACCAAAACAGAAUCUCAAGAAACAAUCGUUCACUAUACCCCAGAAACUUAAAUCACAUAACCCUGCAAAGUUUAAGCAGUGUACCAAGAAUUAAUUUGGAAAUAAAAAAUAAAAAAUCACAUGACCACAGUAUGGCAGCCCUUAGGUCUCAAUGCGGGGUGUUUUCAAGUUCCCAUAACACUAAACAUGUUACAAAAUUGUUACAAGAGGUGAAAUAGCUCACAGGGAUACUUAAAUAUUGAUAUCCAUCAUUAGUGUAGAUCACUAUGCCGUACACUAUAUGUAUGUGAAAAGGUAUUAACAUAAAUAUACUACCCAGUGUGGACUAUUUCAAGAUACAGACUUUAGCAAGAUUUUAAGAACUGUACUUAAAUGAUUUUCUUCCUAAAAAGGGUGUUUUCUUUAGUCAAACCUGGUGAGGAUUGCCAUUUCAUUUCAACCCAUUCUUUGUAGAUGCUUUACCCUUCACAGCAGUGUAUAGACCUGGAAAAAGUAAGCAUAGUGUUUUCCGUACUAUUUACCACCCACAUUUCAUAAUAUUUGACCCUCCCAAAAAAAGUAUUAAUCUUUAAGCAAAACCAUUUUCACACUGUUGUCUCAAUCAUACUAAAAAUAAAAAUGUUAAAACCGUACGAGUGGUCGGCCAGUGUCUGGUGAUUCAAGCGUCACAUUCUUUUAUUCCACCCCAGAACCAGCCGCUGCAGACAUGCGUGGACAGAGCUGCUUUCAAGAAGUGGCACUUCCAAAGCUCUUCUCCAGUACCAGCUUUGUGCCUCAACAUUUAAGUCAUAUUCUUCCCUGUAACCUUCCUGCGCCCCUGCUAUUUUGUAGAUGUUUUGUUACUGCUGAUUCCUGGUAACUAAACCUCUCCUAUGCUGCAAUUUAAACUGGUUCCAAUUCUUCAUCAGCAC